CUGAUCGUUUUCGCCAUUCGUAUUUGCGACUUGAAAAUUGAGCAACAAGAUAACAUUUCGCAUAUUUUUAAAAUUUUAAGGCACACGGUGCUUGAGAUCAAGUAACUUCUUCACAUUAUUAUAGCACAAAAAAUUUUAACUAGUAUGUUCAAAGCAUCAAUUCUUCUUCUGCUGUGCAUCAUUAAUGUCAUUGCCGUUCCCUCAAAACCUAGAUUUGGAAACAAAAUGCAAGAUUACGAAAGUUUUCACACAUAUCGUAUAUUACAACGACUGUCAUUCGGACCAUUAAUGUCUAUGGAUGAUGCUAAAGAUGAUGAAUUUGUUGUCAAGACAAAAGCUGGGAGGGUUCGAGGCUCAACAGAAAAAGGGAACGUAAACGAAAAGAAAGUGCUGAAAUAUCUGAACAUACCAUACGCUGAAUCACCAACUGGUGAUCUAAGAUUUGAGAAACCAGUUGAAAAAAUACCGUGGAAAGGAAUCUUAGAGCCCAUCAACGAUAGUAUCUCAUGUAUCCAGCCUAAAGGUCUUCCAGAUCUUAUUAUGAAAGAAGACUGUCUAGUACUCAAUGUUUGGACACCUUAUCCAAAACCAAAAAACGCCUCAGUAUUGGUCUUUAUUCAUGGGGGUGCAUUUAUAUAUGGUUCGUCACAUGAACCAAGGUACAGAGGUGCAAACAUGGUUCAAAUGGGAGAUAUUAUAGUUGUGACUCUCAACUAUCGUUUGAGUGCACUUGGAUUUUUGACAAAUGCAGAAGCAGGCAUUAAAGGUAACCUCGGUCUGUUUGAUCAGCGGUUGGCGUUGAAAUGGGUAAAAGAAAAUAUCGAAGCAUUUGGUGGAAAUCCUCACCACAUCACGCUGUGUGGAGAGAGUGCUGGUUCCGUUAGUGUUUCUGCGCAUACUUUAUCGGAAGAGAGCUGGCCUUAUUUCGAUCGUGUUAUACUCCAGAGUGGGAAUAUGCUUGCGUAUUGGGCAAUUUCGUCACAGGAAAAAGAAAAACGCUUGUCAGACAGGUUUCUCAAAAGGAUCAAGUGCAAUGACUCAUCCGAUGUCCUUAAAUGCUUAAAGAAAAGUUUUGAUUCUGAAAAAUUGAAAGAAGCCUUAAGCAACAAAUUGGGCAUGUUCCAACCAACAGUGGACGGUGAUUUUUUUAAAGAUCAUCCUCAAAUGCUUUUCCAGCUUGGAAAAGUAAAGCAAUGCCCAAUGAUUUUUGGUACAAUGGAAAGUGAAAUGUUCUUUCUCACAUAUUAUCUCCUGUUAGAUCAUAACAAAACGGCAAUCAUUCAAAAGUUUAAUGAGACUCUUAGGAAUACUUUCAACUAUCAUCACCAUUAUUAUGAAGUGGCCAAGAAACUAUACUCGCCUAAAUGUACACCAAGUUAUAUCGAAGCAUUACGACCUUUAGUAGAAUUUCUAACGGACUGGUCAUUUACUUGUCCUAUGAAGCAUGAAGCAUAUAAACGGGUCCUGAAAUUUCCAAGAAAAGAUGUUUUUGUUUUUCGUUACAAAUACUCUUCUCCCGUGCCAUAUUCUUAUGCUUCGGGAACGUUUGGGUAUGCAGACCAUGGAAAUGACUUAUGGUCAACAUUUGGAAUACCUUUUGGCAACAAAAAAUUUCCCAAAGAAGAUAAGAAAUUAUCAUUAAAGAUGAUGGCAUAUUUUGCUAAUUUUGCAAAGAAUGGUAAUCCAAAUAUUGGUAAACUACAUCCACCAAAAGAUUUUAAGGAUAUCAAACUUCACAAAUGGCCUCGUCAUACUAAAGAUGGAGAAAAAUAUUUGGAUAUAAAAGGUUCAGAUGAUUUUCUUGUGGAAGCAAAACUUCGUGAAAUACAUUGUGUUUUUUGGGGCACACCAAUGUACGCUAUGUACAGAUCACCGUUUUUCAAUAUAAAAGGAUAGAUAAAGGAUAGACUUUGUCGUGAUUACAAAUCUUUAGAACUGUUUCUCAAUUUGUAAUUUUACGUAUUCUUGUUGAAAUUUUGGUUUUCUGAUUAACAAUUAUUUUUUAUACAUAUUUAUAGUUGUAGUUAAGUUGAUGGAUCACUUGUGAACUUUUUCAAAUACACAUCAUUGAUUGAUUA